AAAGGAAACUAAUGUAAUUCUAGAAAAGGGCGUAUCACCAGAUCCAAGUGCAGCACACGUCAGAUGCACCCAGUGCAGGUUUUGGUGGGGUCCCCCGUUAUAAGCCGUCGGCGCUUGCGCAGGCAACCCGGAGAGCCGCUUGACACGCAUAGCAACAUGCAGAUCAUUCUGGUGCUAGCAUGCGUGAGCGCAGCGUGGGCGGCGCCACAGCACUAUCCUUAUGCGCAUGCGCCGCUGCUGCACGCACCUAUUGCUGUGCAUGCUCCGGUCGCUGUUGCGGAACCUGUGUCGUACCCACGGUACGCGUUCAACUACGGCGUGAAAGACCCAUACACCGGCGACAUCAAGUCGCAGCAGGAGGAGAGAGACGGCGAUGUUGUUAAAGGGAGCUACUCACUAGUGGAGCCCGAUGGGUCCACAAGAACAGUGUCGUACUCCGCCGAUGACCACAACGGUUUCAACGCGGUCGUGCACAAGACGGGGCACGCCGUACACCCGGUUGCCGUGGCCCCAGUAGCUCACUACGCAGCCGCGCCGGCCAUCGCGCUUCCUCAUUACCUGCAUUAGCCCACCUUACCUAAUAUAAGCACCGCUUUUAGAUAAACUUAUUACGUCAUAUUUUUAAUUAAAACUACACUUUAGUUAGAUACUUUUGUAGAGCCGGCACCGUACAGGGUAAUUUGGUAGAGCCCGUUUUACGUCACAAUAUCUGUCUAACAGUACUAUUCCCACCUCUCGUACCCAUCGCUGUAACCUUGAUGCCAGGAUCUACAGCUUGACCGCCAGUAAUAACCCAACCAGUGAAGGUUAAGUUUGUCCAGGAGGAAAUUUGAACUGUCAUUGGACCAGCAACGAAAUUAAUCAGAAGAAUAUAGGAGGAGUUUGAAGUUAAGUUUCGACUUCACUCCAGUACAAAGCGGAUGACAAGAGACACAACAAAGCUUUUUAUGUGACCUUUAAGAAAAGAUCUGUCUUAUUUUCACUGGUUGGAUUA